AAGGCAGAAUUGAGAGGUCUUGCUCUGCCUCCUCAUAGAGUGCUGUGUGUUGUUUAAGCUGCAGAUUUUUUUUUUUUUGCAGGAGAGUGAGAGCUAGCUGAGGUUCUAGUCUCACUGUUGAAGAUUUGUUGGAUAUUAAAAUGGCUGUCAUGAAGAGCUGUGAUGAAUGGAAGCCUUUCAUUGCUAUGGUAGCAAUUGAUUUCUGCUUCGCCAUAGUGAAUAUUCUUCUCAAGAAAGUCCUUGAUGAGGGAAUGAACCAUUUGGUUCUGAUUACGUACCGGUUGACAAUUUCUACCAUUUUCUUAGCUCCAAUUAGCUACUUUCGGGAAAGGACUAGUAGACCCAAGCUCACACUUCGCAUUCUAUUUUUCCUCUUCUUAAGUGCAAUAGUCGGGACAUCCAUCACACAAUACUUCUUUCUCCUUGGAAUUCAAUACACAUCUGCUACUUUUGCCUGUGCCUUCAUCAACAUGGUGCCUAUGAUCACAUUCAUAAUGGCAUUACCGUUCGGGUUAGAGACAGUGAACUUAAAAUGCAACAGUGGAAGAGCCAAAGUAAUUGGUACCCUGGUGUGCAUUGGUGGUGCUUUUAUACUGACUCUUUACAAAGGAGCUCCUUUAUUUGAUCAUUCAAAAGCCACAAGCACUCAAGCCAUGGAUCAUGGGACCAAGCUGAGCCACAUCAGAAACAAAGAGAGAUGGACCAUUGGUUCAAUAGCUUUGGUUGUAGGAACCCUUUUAUGGUCUUCAUGGUUUCUUGUACAAUCAAACAUAAGCAAGAUGUAUCCCUGCCAAUAUUCUAGCACAACCAUAAUGACUUUCUUUGGUGCCAUUCAGUCUGCCAUUUUGGGUUUCUGCACUGGAAGGAACCUUUCCAUGUGGGUUCUGAAGGGAAGGACACAAGUCAUCACUGUCCUGUUUUCUGGAAUGAUAGCAUCUGGCUUAGGCUUUGUGGGGAUGUCAUGGUGUGUCAAGAAAAGGGGUCCUGUGUUUACUGCAGCAUUUAGCCCCCUCGUUCAGAUACUGGCGGCGCUAAUCGGUAUCCCCAUUUUCCAUGAACAACUCCACUUUGGAAGUUUGUUGGGAUCUGUGAUUGUAAUCAUUGGCUUGUACAUUCUUCUUUGGGGUAAGAAAAAAGAGAUGCAGAAGUGUGUGACAAAACUAGUCCAAGAAACUAAUGCCAUCAAGGAGCAGGAGCCACAUUUGCCAGCCAUCACGGUCUCCAUUGAUUCGCGGUGUCCUUGAAGCCAAGUUUCAUAUGCUUUCCAAUUCACAGGCAUUCAUUUUUUUUCCUCCCACUUGAUUGUUAUGAUCUUCUACCUAGGAAGCUAAAGAAAAAUCAGCUGGCAUAACCAGAAUAAAAGAGGAUUAACUUCUCCCCCUCUUUUAUUCUGAUGGUUGCAAAAAAGUC